AUGGCAUCGUUCGAGGACUACGAUGAGUUCGGAAACUACAUUGGUGCCGACUUGGAGUCCGACGAGGAAGAAGAGGUCCCCCAAAACGAGUUCGUGCGCGAGGCGCAGGCCCAACCGCUUGAGGGUUACGAGGAGGAACCCAUGGAGGUGCAGGAAGAGACGGCGUUGAUGGAAGCUGACGAACCAGUACACAAUGCGGUCGUUCUGCAUGAAGACAAGCAGUACUACCCGUCAGCGGAAGACGUGUAUGGACCCGAGGUAGAGACUCUAGUCCAGGAGGAGGAUGCGCAACCGCUCUCCGAACCCAUCAUCGCGCCCGUGAAGGUGCGAAAAUGGGCGGUGGAAGAGAGGGGAAUGCCAGAGACGCGGUUCGACAAGGCUUUCAUGUUGAACAUGACCGGAUUUCCCGAGUUUGUGCGGAACGUCGCCAUCGUGGGGCACCUGCACCACGGAAAGACGGCGCUGAUGGACAUGCUCGUGUUCGAGACCCAUAAGAUGGUAUGGGAUUCAGAUCGUCAGACGCGGUAUACGGACACGCACGUGCUGUCCCGGGAGCGGGAGAUAUCCAUCAAGUCCUCACCCAUGUCACUCGUCUUGUCGUCGAGCUCGGGGAAGUCACACCUCAUUCACCUGAUAGACACGCCGGGACAUGUCAAUUUUGUCGACGAGGUCGCAGCGGCGAUGCGUCUUGUGGACGGUGUUGUCCUUGUGGUGGACGUCGUGGAGGGGGUCAUGGUGAAUACUGAGGCCGUCAUCCGGCACGCCUUGCAGGAGGGGUUGAAGCUGACCCUCGUAGUGAACAAAAUCGACCGCCUCAUUCUCGAGUUGCGCAUUAAGCCUGCGGAUGCGUUCUACAAGAUCAAACACACAAUUGAGGAGGUCAACAAUGUCAUUAGUGCCAUUAACCCAGAUCCAGCCCUGCGACUGAGUCCAGAGAAUGGAAAUGUCGCGUUUGCAAGCACAGAUAUGCAUUGGUGUUUCACUCUUCGCUCGUUUGCGCAGAUGUAUGCCGAUACAUACGGUCCGAUGGACGUCCCCGCCUUCGCUAACCGUCUAUGGGGCAACAUCUACUUCAACAACGAGACCCGCAAGUUCUCGCGCAAGCCCGCGGAUCCGGAGGCGAAUCGCACCUUCGUGCACUUCAUCCUCGAGCCGCUGUACAAGCUGUACAGUCAGGUGCUCAGUGAGGACACGGACACGCUCAAGGAGACGCUUGACGGCCUCCGCAUCCAGCUUGCACCGGUAAUGUACAAGAUGGACGUGCGCCCGCUGCUAAAGGCCGUGCUCGACCAGUUUUUCGGACCGGCCACUGGGCUGGUGGACAUGAUUGUGGAGCAUAUACCGUCCCCGGUUGAGGCUACCGCGGCGAAGGUGGAAUCGACUUACACGGGCCCUAUGACAUCGGAGUUGGUCUCAGCCAUGAAGGCGUGCGACCCCGAGGGCCCGUUGAUGGUGCAAGUCACAAAAUUGUACCACACCACCGACGCGCAGUCGUUCAGGGCCUUCGGACGCGUAAUUAGUGGUACCGUUCGGAAGGGCAUGGACCUGAAGGUAUUAGGAGAAGGUUACUCCCCAGAGGAUGAAGAAGACAUGGUCAAGGCUACCCUGGAUGACGUAUGGAUAAGCGAAGCGCGAUACUUCGUCCCUGCGGAAGAAGUCCCGGCGGGCAACCUGGUCUUGCUAGGCGGCAUCGACGCGUCCAUCACCAAGACGGCGACACUCGCUUCAUUCGACAUUGAGGAUGACCUGCACAUAUUCCGGCCUAUCAGGCACAUGACGCAGUCUGUUCUGAAAAUCGCGAUUGAGCCCAUCGCGCCCUCGGAGUUGCCGAAGAUGCUGUCGGGCCUUCGGAGUGUCAACAAGUCGUACCCACUGGUGUCCACGAAGGUCGAAGAGAGCGGCGAGCAUGUGGUAAUUGGCACUGGGGAACUCUACCUCGACUGUGUCAUGCAUGAUCUGCGCAGACUGUUUUCUGAGAUCGAGAUUAAGGUAUCGGACCCUGUCACGAAGUUUUGUGAGACGGUGCUCGAGACGAGUGCGCUCAAGUGCUAUGCCGACACGCCGAACAAGAAGAACAAGAUCACCAUGAUUGCAGAGCCGCUGGAGCGAGGCAUCGCAGAGGACAUUGAGACCGGUCGUGUUACUAUGCGUAUGUCCGCCAAGGAGCGCGGGAAGUUCUUCGAGGACAAGUAUCAGUGGGACCUGCUCGCCUCCCGAUCAAUAUGGGCGUUUGGGCCGAACGAUAAUGGUGCGAAUAUUCUGCUUGACGACACACUACCAUCGCAGAUUGACAAGAAGCUACUGAGCACUGUCAAGGAGCACAUCAAACAAGGCUUCCAAUGGGGUACUCGUGAAGGACCCUUGUGCGAUGAACCAAUGCGCAACGUCAAGUUCCGCAUACUCGACGCGAGCCUUGCACAAGAGCCAAUCUUCAGGGGUGGCGGGCAAAUCGUGCCAACCGCGCGUCGUGUUUGUUACUCAUCGUUCCUGAUGGCUACACCACGACUUAUGGAGCCUGUUUAUUUCGUGGAGGUGCAAGCACCGGCGGAUUGUAUUUCGGCAGUGUAUACCGUUCUGGCCCGGCGGCGUGGACAUGUCACGCAAGACAUUCCGAAGGCGGGCUCGCCGUUGUACACAGUGAAAGCGCUCAUUCCUGUGAUAGACGCGAACGGUUUCGAGACGGACCUGAGGACGGCGACACAAGGGCAGGCGUUCUGCUUGCAGGUGUUCGACCACUGGUCAAUCGUGCCAGGUGACCCGACAGACACGAGCAUCAAGCUCCGGCCUCUGGAGCCCGCGUCAGGGCAAGCGUUGGCGCGAGAUUUGGUACUCAAAACCCGGCGGCGGAAGGGUCUCGGUGAUCAGAUCGCCGUGUCAAAAUAUUUGGACGACGAGUUCAUACUUGCGUUAUCGGCGUCGGGGCAUGCAGAUUUGCUGGGUUAG